UGUAUGUCUUAUCUUCCUCAAAUAUUUAAAUAGUUGUCAUUAGUAUUAUUGUAACAGAAUGUCUUUUAUUGGUUUCAGUUCAGUUUGUGUGUGUAGUGAAGAAGAAGUCACGUUUCAUUUGUUAGUCAAGGUGUUAUGCUAAAAAUGACUAAGCCGGUGGAGCAUAUAAUAAGCGCUUACAAGCAGCUGUCAAAGAUCCCGGCGGUGGUGGGGGCUCGCAUCAACAAGCAGGGCAACAAGGUGACGUCGCGCUGGUCCGCACGUAACCUCGACCGGGGGAAGACCACGAAGAGCCAGUAUGAGUACACCCUGGACAAGGAUUUGAAUGUCGUGGCCCAGUCCGACUUCGGAGUUGAUGUUACUAAUGUCCUCCUAUCAUCAGUGUCCCCGUCGGAGAAGUACCAGGCGAUCAUAAGAGAGGAGAGAGACAAGGACGGCAAGAAGCAGUUCCUGGAGGUGUGGGAGGGACCCCGCAUGCUCAGCAGCGUCGACCUGGCCGCGCUCGAGCUGCAUGGGGAGGUCUAUGCUGAUUCGGAGUUCUCCAGCCUGGAAUGGAUCCCGGACGAGAGCGCGGUCCUGUACGUGGCGGAGAAGAAGGUGGCCAAGUCCGAGCCCUACAUCAAGCGGAAGGCCAUCAAGGAGGUGCCCAACCCCACACUGCUGGGCUGCGGCGAGAGUAGUGGGAAAAAGGUAAAGGGUGAAGAGUACCUAUACCGGCAGGACUGGGGCGAGCAGUUGGUGGGAAAGGUGUGCGGGGCCUUGGCCGUGUGCUACCUGCAGACCGAGACCUUCGCCGUGCUGGAGGGGGUGCCUGACGACUUGUGUGUGGGGCAGGUAAGUUUCUCAUCAGACGGCGGCAGCGUGGUGGGCGUGGCGUGGGAGGCGGCGCGCAAGCUCGGCCUCAUCUUCUGCACCAACCGACCCUCGUAUGUGUUCGAGCUCACGCUUGACGGGAAGUUCAAGAAGCUAUCGGCAGAGGGAAUGUCAGUACACUCGCCGCGGGUGGGUCCCGGGCGAGUCACCUGGCUGCAGCGGACUAGCGGCGGCGCGCACAACGCGUGCCACUCACUAGUCACUCGGGACUCGACGGGCAACGUGACCACCCUAAUCGACAUAGUCCACACAUCAGUGAAGACAGCCAAUGGGCGAGACUUCUACGGCGUGUACACGGCAGGGCUGCCACAGAACUGUUACAGGAAGGCCGGCGACCGGCUCGUGUUCUCCAGCUCACAGCAGAACGAGACCAAGAGCUAUGUCGUGGAUUUGGAUAAAGAAAACGCUCGUCUGGUGGAGCUCAACAAGCCAGACAUGCCGGGAUCCUUCACGAUACUGGACAUGAACAACGACGUCAUCGUGGGACUCGCCUCCAACAUGACUCACCCCGGACAGAUAUUUGUGGCCACCCUACCUCUGAAGGGUCUAGAAGACGGUAUAGUCUGGCGCCCGGUCAGCGCGCCCGCGGAGGUACCUAGAGAGGUGGCCGACUGUACCGUCGAGUGCCUGCAGAUGGAACACCCGGACUGUAGUGAUGCUGUCAAGUCGUUCUCAGCGAUCUACAUGGCUCCUAAAGGCGACAACCUGCCGCUCAUUCUGUGGCCCCACGGCGGCCCGCACGGCAACUUCACCAACACAUACUCUGUGGAGGCCGCUCUCUUCGCCAUGCUCGGCUUCGCGUCCCUAUCCAUCAACUACCGCGGCUCUACCGGCACAGGACAAGCCUCGGUAGACUUCCUUCUGUCCAGAGUAGGCAGUGCCGACGUCACAGACUGCAAAUACGCCACAGACCAAACUGUCAAAAAGUUCAACAACGAUCCAAAGAGGUUAUUCCUCUAUGGCGGAUCGCACGGGGGUUUCUUAGUCGCGCAUCUGAGCGGCCAGUACCCUGAAGUUUAUAAAGCGGUGGUAGCCAGGAAUCCGGUUAUAGAUGUCGCGUCUAUGUUCAGUACUAGUGAUAUACCGGAUUGGUGUGCAGAAGAAGCCGGCUUCCCGUUUACAGAGAAAGGCCCAGUAUCGGAGGACCAGCUCCUGGCCAUGAGACGGUGCUCGCCCAUAGUGCACGUGCAUAAGGUUAAGGCUCCUACCGCGCUGAUGUUGGGUUCGGUGGACAAGCGGGUGCCGUUCUACCAGGGCUUGGAGUACUACAGGAGGUUGAAGGCAAACGGCGUGGAGACUAGAUUGUACAUGUACGAAGACAACCACUCGCUGAGGACUCUGCCAGUGGAAGUGGACAAUUUGAUCAACGGCGCGAACUGGUUCGUCACGCACCUCGACUCAUAGACAACGCUCUACGUUUUUAUUUCUGACAGCUGUCAAAAUUAGGUCGUUUUCGGCUGAAUUUAUGAUUUUAUUUUUGUAUGAUAGGAAUAUCUCAUUUCUAUUUAAUUUUGUGCCAAGAUAUUGUACUAUCCAGCAGUUUAAUUAGAAUAUUAUGCAGAAUAAUUAAUACAAUAGGUAUACUUACUGAUGACAAACUACCCAAUAAUUUAAGUAUAUUUGACUAUUUGUCGUAAAGGAAAAACCAUGUAGCGUUUAUAAUAUUACUUAUAUGUUUAAGUAAUGUAUACUGGUGUAUAUUUUUACAAAAUCUACUACAAGAAUGUUUAUAACACCUUGCCAUUGAUCUUAAAAUGUUAAUUGAGUAAAUAAUUAUAUUUUUUACACUGCCCUUUUGUAUUGGUAGUUAAGUAUAAUAAUAUGUAUAGCUAUAAUAAACGACUGAUACAUGA